AUGGUGGAGAUCGGAAUAGCUGUUGCGACGGUGGCUGGUGGAGAAAGAUGGAGAGCUGCUGAUGACGGCGGAGGUUCAAGACGUAAUAGCACUGCAAUCAACUUGGAGAGUUUGCAAAAUGAAUAUAUGACCGAUCUCCAUGUUGCUGAAAGCCGGACAUACCUAAGUUGCGACAUGGUGUGUAAGGCAGAUUCAAAUAAUGGCAUCCUAUCGGAUAUGCACACUCCAGAAUUCCUUACUGGAUUAAAAGCAUCUGGCAUUCAUAAUCAUGCUUUAACUCUUAAAGUGGGAUCUCCAGUCAUGUUGUUGAGAAAUAUAGAUCACGCAAUGGGACUUUGCAAUGGCACAAGGCUUAUUAUCACUAGAUUAUCAGAGCAUGUUAUCGAGGCAAAAAUUGUCGCUGGUCAUAACGCUGGACAAAUUGUCUUGAUACCAAGGAUGGCAAUGACGCCAACAAAUACAAGGCUUCCAUUCAAAUUUCAAAGAAGACAAUUUUCGUUAGUGUUGGCAUAUGCGAUGACCAUUAACAAAAGCCAGGGUCAAACAUUAAAGCAUGUUGGGUUACUCUUAAAGAAACAUGUUUUUGUUCAUGGCCAAUUAUAUGUUGCUGCUUCACGGGUUAGUAACCCUAAAGGGUUUAGAAUCUUAAUAUCAAAUGAUGAUGCAGAGAGUAACAAUUAUACUACGAAUGUUGUGUACCAUGAGGUUUUCAAUAAUUUGUAA